UGAGCAGGAAAAGCGGAAGUGUCGGUUAAGCCCCUCCCCUCUGGUACAAAAGCACCUGUCCGCAGUCAGCUGUGCACAGACUCGGUGGACGAGCUGAUGGAGUCCAGGCAGCUUUCAGUUUUAUCUGCAGACUCAGAGCACAGGAAUGAACUGGAGGAAGGGGGUGUGGCCUGUUCCGUGAUAGUGUGUGACAUUGAUCCAAAAGUUCCAGGUGUGAAGGAUGGCAAGAAUGACCCCUGGUCAUGUGACAGCUCUGCAUCUUCCUCUGACAGUGAGGAUGAUGAAAAAGACAAGAAGAAGAAGAAGAAAAAGCUGAAGAAGAAAAGAAGCAAGAAGUCCAGCUCAUCUUCCUCAUCAUCAUCAUCCUCGUCAUCUUCAUCAUCAUCAUCAUCUUCCUCUUCAUCCUCGGACAGUGACAGCAGUGAGGAUGAAAAAAAAAAGAAGAAGAAAAUGAAAAUCAGCGAGACUGCAGAGCCGGGGAUUCUCGCAGAAACAGGUCUGGAGGGAAAUGCUGAAUUAACUCCUGCAGGAGAAACUAAAGGAGACAAGGAGAAGAAAAAGAAGAAAGACAAAGAUGCAUCUGCAAUCACUUCAGACAGCGAGAAUGAAAAAAAGAAAAAGAAAAAGAAGAAAAAUAAAAAUAAAAAGCAGAAGAAGGAUAAGAAAAAGAAGAAAAAGAAAAAGAAGAUGAAGAAGAAGAAGGAUUCCAGCUCAUCUUCCUCCUCUGACAGUGAGGAUGAUCACAAGAAGAAGAAGAAAAAGAAAAAGAAGGCCAAGAAGAAGAAGAAAAAGAAGGAAUCGAGCAGUUCUUCCUCUGACAGCUCCAGUGAUGAUGAGAAGAAAAAGAAGAAAGACAAGAAGAAGAAGAAGAAAAAGAAAAAGGGAAAGAAGGAUUCAGGAGGCGAGUCUGCAUCGGACGCAGAGAAAGACAAGAAGGAGCUUGAGCUCAAACAGGAGGACGGAAAGCUCACAGAAGACACAUCUUCAUCUGCACUUCCUGCGGAGUCUGCGGAUUUGACUGCUGUCAGGGACGAUGGUCACGUGUCUGAUGACGAGGGCGAGGGAGCAGACGACAAACAGAAAGACAAAAAGAAGAAAGUAAAGAAAAAGAAGAAGAAGGAAUGCAGUUCGUCCUCUUCAUCAGACAGUGAGGAUGACAAGAAGAAGAAGAAGAAGAAAAAGAAAAAGAAGAAGAAAGUGAAGAAAGAUUCAUCUUCCUCAUCGAGCAGCUCUUCAUCAUCAUCUGACAGUGAUGAUGACAAAAAGAAGAAGAAGAAGAAGAAGAAGAAAAAAAAGAAGAAGAAGAAAGUAAAGGAUUCUUCUUCAUCUUCAUCAUCAAGUAGCUCCUCAUCUUCUGACAGUGAUGAUGAGAAGAAAAAGAAAAAGAAAAAGAAGAAGAAGAAGCAUAAGAAAAAGGAGUCCAGCUCCUCUUCAUCAUCCGACAGCAGCUCCUCAUCCUCCUCCUCAGACGGCGACGAUGAGAAGAAGAAGAAGAAGCAGAAGAAGAAAAGUGAAAAAGACAAGAAGGACAAGAAAAAGAAAGACAAGAAGAGUAAAAAGGACUCAGGAAAGUCUUCAGGAUCAGAAAACGAUGACGACAAGCAUAAGAAAGCCAAAUCAGAUGAUAAGGAUGGAGAAAACUCCUCACUGAAGACUGAAGGAGAGUCAGGGGGUUUGGGGUCAUUCGGCACAAAAGAUUUCAGCUGUGGAACUUGUGGCUCUCAGAUUUCUUCAUCUCAAGUUUACUCUAGCCUGCCUUCUGAAACCCUGAGCCGAGGGGAGAGCAGCAGCGCCUCCCGCAGGCCUCUGACUGCCAUAGAGAGCCUGAUGGGACAUCCUCAAAGAAACACGCUGGAGACAGACAGAGUCACGACCAGCAGAUACACCUCACACUUCACAUCAUGAGAAACACUUACACAAAAGUACCAUGGCAGUACCAUGUGUUUGGGGGGUUUAGAGUGCUGCAGUGAUGACGUAUGUUUGUAUGUUCGUAUCAACCUGGUUUCCUUGGACAAAAACCCAUUAGGAUUUUUCCAUUGGCUUUUGGAUCAUUGCAGAAAAUAAGCUCUGCAAUUAACAAAAGUUUAUGAUUCCUACAUGAUUCUUAUAUCACAAAUGUGACCCUGGAGCACAAAAGCAGUCAUAAGCAGCACAGGUAUAUUUGUAGCAAUAGCCAACAAUACAUUGUAUGGGUCAAAAUUAUAAAUUUUUCUUUUAUGCCAAAAAUCAUUAAGGAUAUUAAGUAAAGAUCAUGUUCCAUGAAGAUAUAUUCCGUAAAUUUCCUACCGUAAAUAUAUCAAAACUUAAUUUUUGACUAGUAAUAUGCAUUGCUAAGAACUUCAAUUGGACAACUUUAAAGGCGAUUUUCUCAAUAUUUCGAUUUUUUUUGCACCCUCAGAUUCCAGAUUUGUACAGUAUCUCAACCAAAUAUUGUCCUAUAUAUAAAUAUUGUCAAUUUCAAAUGGACCCUUAUGACUGGUUUUGUGGUCCAGGGUACAGUCAGCAGAGGUAAAAUGCUAAACAUAGGCUAUACCCAGCUAACAAAAAUAUGUUCUAAGAGGAUUUUUCUAGCGUUCCCAUUAAGUUACAAAAGCGUUGUUUUUGAUUCUGACUGUUCUCUGAAUGUUCAAAAUGUCUAGUUCUUUAAAGGUUUUUUUUUAAAGGUUUUUUUUCUUUCAAACAUUAAGUGAACAUUGUAUCAUUUUCCAAACAUUAUGGAGAUGCUACUUUUGAAUGUUCUCUGAACAUUCCGAAACAAAUAGUUACAUUUAAAAAGCAUUAUAUGAACGUCCAACUAAAAUGUUUAAGAAAAAAACAAAACAAAAAAAAAAAACAA